CAUGUUCUCUGCUCCAGCCUCAAGGGCCCAGGACCAGCCUCAAGGUAUUGUAUGGCUCUGCCUCCUGCUCCUGCUGCCCAUCUGUGUCUCUGCCACCAUCACCAGCCCUGGCACCAGUCCUGGCAUCAAGGCCUGGCUGACCCAGAGGACACUGGAAUUUGGCCGGCGCUUUGGGCUGGAGCUGCUCCAGUCGAUGCUGCAGAAGGAGCAUGAGCUGAACCUGACAGGUUCCUACAACACCCCGCUCCUGGGAACUCUCACCUACGCUGUGCCACGGAUCCACAUCCAUGAACUGCAGAUGAAUGAAUCCACACUGGACUUUGCCGAGGACGUGGGGGUGAGGCUGGUGGUGCAGCGCGCCCAAAUCCAGCUCAGCGCCGACUGGGCAGCCCAGCUGGGCGCCGUCCAGGACAGCGGCUCUGUGGAGCUCCGCAUGCAGGACCUGGCCGUGGCAGCGGUGUUGGGGGUGAGUGAGGAUGGCAGCGGCCACCCCACGGUUUGGAGCGCCGGCUGUGACAGCCACAGCACUGACCUGCAGAUGGAGUUUCACCGUGGAUACAGCUGGCUCUACAACCUGCUGGCACCUCUGCUCCAGAGAACCCUGCGGCAGCAGCUGAACAAGCAGCUCUGCCUCGUGCUCCACAGGGGCGUUGACAGGCUAGACACUGUCCUGAAGCACAUGAAAGUGUCCACCCAGCUGGACACCUUUGCUGCCCUCGACCUCUCCCUGCUGGGACCGCCAGCCUUCACAGACGAGUAUGGGGACAUUGCCCUCAAGGGAGAGAUCUUCAGGGUGGGCACGUACCAGCAGAGACCCUCAGCACUGCCUGUAGUGCUGCCUGUGGCAUUACCCAUGGCACUGCCCGUGGCUUUGCCCACGCCCCCGCCCAAGAUAUCGCCCAUGGCACACGAGCCCAUGCUGCUGCUGGCUGUCACCGACUUUGUCGCCAACUCAGCUGCCUUCACAUACUUCACGGCCGGGGCCCUGCGCAGGAACAUCUCCAGUGACAUGCUCCCUCGGCGGUUCCCGCUCCAGCUGAGCACCAAGAGCAUGGAGGUCUUCUCCCCUCAGCUGCAGGAGCGCUAUCCAAACCAGCCCAUGGAGCUGCACCUCUGGGCCCGCCGGCAGCCCCUGCUCUCCUCCCAUCCUGAUGCCUUGCACGGGACCCUCUUCAGCUCUGCCGAGGCCUUUGUGGUGCUGCCCAAUGCCACCCGUGUCCCUGCCUUUCUGCUGAACAUUGAUGCCAACGUGACGGGGAAGCCGACAAUCACCAGGAACAGACUCGGGGGCACUGUGAGACUGACAGGGCUCCGUGUAACACAAGUGGCGUCAAACGUGGGCCCCGUGGAGGUGAAGCGUUUGGAGACCCUGCUGAAAUUUGGCCUGUGGCUUUUUGGGGUUCCCCGGGCAAACAAGUGGCUCCAGGCUGGCAUCCCCCUGCCCCUCCCGCAUGGCCUCAGCCUGCUCAGACCCCGGCUCUCUUUGCAGCAGGGCUUCGUGCUCAUCGCCACGGACCUGCAGUACGAGCCGUGAGACCACCUGCCUCGUGGGAACCCGAGUUCACGGGGGUCACGCCACUCGCGUCCCCAUCACCGUCCCGUUACCAUCGUGGCCCCUUGGCUGGCAAAGCGCCCAACCGCAGGCCCCCCAUCCUGGGCAGGGAUUAAAGCGGGAGCGCAGCUCAGCCCUGUGUGCUGGGGGGUGUUUCGGGGAGCCCCCUCAGCCGCGUCUCCCACGCAGGGUCCCACUCCCGACACCGCGACGGGACAUCGCUGUGUCCUCUGCUGCAAGGGACUCUGGCUGUGCCGUGGUGGGUCCGGGGCU